AUGGCAGAGAUAUUAUCUCCAUGUCGUCAAUUCGCAUUGGUAUAUAUUGAUGAUAUUGUGAUUUACUCUCGUUCAUUUGGAGAACAUCUUAAACAUAUUCAUCAGGUGUUAUCAAUUUUAUCGCAACAUAAUUUCCAAUUUAAUCCCUCCAAGUGCAGUAUUUUUCGUCAACGAAUUGAUUAUUUAUCACAUACAAUAUCAGAACAAGGUGUUAAACCUAAUAAUGAAAAAAUUCAAGCAAUCAUUAAAUUGCGGGAACCUUCCACUUUAGCGGAAGCAAAUAAGUUCCUGGGUGCCAUUUCAUGGUACCGUAAAUUUAUUCCACGAUUCGCAUCUAUAGCUGGACCUAUUCACAAGGUGACAAAUUUAACGAAAGCAAACAGAAAAAAAUUUAGUUGGGGAGAACCACAAAAAGAAGCAUUCUUACAAUUGAAACAAUUAUUGAUUACUUCUCCUUUAUUUUUGGACUAUCCUAAUGAGAAUCAUUCAGCUAUAUUGACUACAGAUGCUUCAAAAGUUGGUGUGGGAGGGACAUUACAACAACACAUUAAUGGUGAAAUCAAAAAUCUUUAUUAUCACUCUCAAAUGACAUCAUCUAGUCAAAGAAGAUAUGAUCCAAUUGAAUUAGAAGCCUUAGCAAUAUGGAUGUGCUUUCAACGCAUGAGACCAUAUUUAUUGGGAAGAUCAAUCAUUAUUUAUACAGAUCAUUGUCCAUUAUGUAACAUGAUGAAGUCAACAGUAAAAAAUCGAAGAGUUGAUCGUAUAUCAAUAUUAUUACAAGAAUUUAAUAUUGAAAAGAUCAUCCAUAUUAAAGGUCAACACAAUUGCUUAGCUGAUUACAUAUCCCGUCAUCCAAUUCCAAGAGAAGAAGAAAUAUUUGGUGAAGAUUAUGGUAUUGCUAAACGUGAUAAAAGGGAACUGACUGUUAUGGGUCGUGUUCCUGAUGAAGUUCCUCCACUAGCUGGAGCUAUUAUAACAAGAUCUAAAGCAAAACAAUUAAAAUUAAAACAAGAUCAAGAUUCAACAACAACACCAACAGAUAGAAAUAAGAUAACAUUACCACCAAUAGGAGAAGAAACUGAUCGAAUGAAAGAAAAUCCAUCACAAAUUAUUGCAAAAAAUACACUGGAUAUAGAACUAUUAAAAAUUGAACAAGGAAAAGAUUCGGAUAUUCAACACACAAUUGCAGAAGUUAUGAAAAAUCCAAUUAAAAGUACUUAUGAAUUCAAAGAUGGUUUAUUAUAUAAGUUAAUGGUUAUGCGUGAAGGUUGUAAUACGAAGAAAAAAUUAAUUUAUUUGCCUUCAUCUUUGAUUAAUGAUCUUUUACAAGUUUAUCAUAGUGAUCCUCUUAGUGGUCAUUUUGGAGUUCAACGAACAUAUUUGAAGAUUAAAAAUAGGUAUUGGUGGCCAAAUAUGAAACAAUCAAUCAUUCAACACAUACAAUCAUGUUUACCGUGCCAGCAAUAUAAUAUCAGUAGAGCAAAGAAACCUGGUCGAUUACAACCAAUUCCACCACCUGAAGGACCAUUUCAAUUAAUCGGUAUGGAUUAUUGUGGUCCAUUUAAACAAACUCCACGUGGUCAUCAAUAUGUACUAUGUCUUACGGAUUAUUUCACAAGAUGGGUAGUUGCUGCUGCUGUACCUGAUUCUUCAGCUCAGACCACUGCUGAAGCAUUAUUCAAUGAAUAUAUUUGCAAGUAUGGGGUACCGGCAGUAAUACUAUCCGAUCAAGGAACGCACUUCCACAAUCAAUUAAUGGAAGCCAUGUCGAAGUUGAUUGGAUACAAUCAUACUUAUUCAAUCACCUACCAUCCUCAAUCAAAUGGAAUGAUAGAAAGGUUCAACGCAACAUUUGUACCACAAAUUGCCAAACUUCAAGAUAAAGAAAAUAACAAUUGGGAUGAAUUCUUAGCACCAGUAGUAUUUGCGUAUAACACUGGAUGCCAUUCAACAACAAAUUAUUCACCAAUCCAAUUAUUAUUUGGCAGAGAACCAAGGUUACCUACUGAUGGACAAAUAUCUUCAUUUACAUUUCAUAAACCAAAUGAUUAUUAUGAACAAUUAAAGAAAAGUAUGAAAUUGAUACAUACACAUGCUCGUGAAAAUAUUAUUCGUAGACAACAUCAAUAUAAAACUCAAUAUGAUAAACGACGUCCUGAUCCUCAUUAUGCAAUUAAUGAUCGUGUUUUAAUUAGAAGACAUGGAAUAAAAAAUAAAUUAGAACCGAAAUAUUCAAUUACACCUCAUGAAGAAUCAAACAGCUAUAGAGAAUUAUUUUGCAUAAAAGAAUGUUUAUUUAAAAAGUAUCUCUUUUGA